UCCGACGCGCAGUAGAGUCGUCCCGCGUAGUAACAGCGUUCACAUCGCACUACUUUUUGUUUAUAGUUUUUCAAAUAUUUCAUUCAUGUUGAACAACUCACAUAAACUAUUGGACGGAGUAUUAGAGAUUCGGUGAAUUAAUAAAUUUUUCGAACUUUUGCUGUUUCAAUAUGCACGGGUACACGACAAGAAUUGCAGGUCUGGCUGCCCGCUUCAUUUCUUUUCGUGGUCACGUGAGACAGAAGACCUCCACCAACCAACAAUGUCCGUACGGCAUCACCAACCCUAGCGGCAUGUCUAGCCCCAGCCCCGCCACAGCAUCCCCCUGCUCUACCGCAGCAGACGUGAAAGUGAAAGAGUUCGAUGAAAUCCCUGGGCCCCGUGGUCCGGCCCUGCUGCCAGUCAUUGGGCCACUCUUUCUGUUUAAGCCUUUCAGGACGGGGACGAGUGGUACCACCUGCGCAUGAAAGUCCAGACCAGUUUUCUGAGACCAGGUUCCGCUGACCCUUACGUUCCUGACCUUGGCCUAGUGACCGAUGACCUGGUGACCUAUUUCGAGCGAGGACACAGCCAGGGCGACGCACGCGAUGUGAUAUUUCUCUACAUCCUUGAAUGUCUCUUUCAGUUCUGUUUUAACCGGCGGCUCGGGGCGCUGACGCCCCACGGGGCCGAGGAGAACAACGAAACAGUCACCCAAAUGAGGGCGCUCAUCUCCACCUUGGCCAGGCCGCCCGUCAUCAAGCUCCACCGGCUGUGGAAAACAAAGGCGUACACAAAUGUGGAGAAUAGCAUGAACCAUCUCAUUGGAUUGGCCCAAUCAGAAGUGAAACUCGCUUUCGAGCGGUUAUCAGCCAAUCAGAAGCGAGAUCCGGAUUCGCCCCACUUGAUCGAGAGCCUCCUCACACAGACGGAUCUUACGCCCGAGGAAGUAGUCCGCUCCAUGAGCGAUUUCUUUUUCGGGGGAGCGGAUACCACAUCGAAAAAUCUGGGCAUGUUGCUGUUCCACAUGGCCAAGUACACGGACCAACAGGAGAUGCUGUACCAGGAGAUCAAAGCCAGCAUCGGCUCCAACAUUCUAGUCACACCACGUGACCUGGCCAAGAUGGAGUUCAUGAACGCGUGUGUCAAGGAGUCUAUGAGGCUAGCUUUCCCCCUGGCCCCCGGGCCUGCACGAGUCAUCCCACAGGAUCUGGUGCUGUCUGGGUACAGAGUGCCGAAAGGGACUCUGGUGAUGUUAUGUAACACCGCCUGCCUACACGACCCCGCCCUUGUACAUGACCCAGACGGCUUCAGACCCGAGCGCUGGCUCAGGAACAGAGACCGGAUGAAGAAUGAAACAAUCCCAACCGUCUGCUAUUUGCCGUUUGGAAUUGGUGUACGGAUGUGUCUGGGAAAGAGAUUUGCUGAACAGAUCAUGCGACUCUGUCUGGUUAAGCUUGUACAGAAGUACGAGCUCCGCCUGAUAGACGACCCUAAAGACAUCAACAUCACCUACCAGAUCUUCCCCACCAUCGACAGACCCCUGAGAAUACAGUUCAUCCCCAGACCCACGUGACCGGAUGUGUUACGUCUUGGGUGUGUGUGUCUUGUCAUAGUCAGGUCAA